AUGAGCGGUGAAUUAGCAAACUAUAAAAGGCUUGAGAAAGUUGGUGAGGGUACAUACGGUGUUGUAUAUAAAGCACUAGAUUUGAGACCAGGACAAGGUCAAAGAGUGGUUGCAUUGAAGAAAAUUAGAUUGGAGAGUGAAGACGAAGGUGUUCCUAGUACCGCCAUCAGGGAAAUCUCGUUAUUGAAAGAACUGAAAGAUGACAACAUUGUAAGGUUGUAUGAUAUCGUUCAUUCUGAUGCGCACAAGCUGUAUCUUGUUUUUGAAUUUCUCGAUUUGGACUUGAAAAGAUAUAUGGAGGGUAUACCAAAGGAUCAAUCGCUAGGUGCUGAUAUUGUCAAAAAGUUUAUGAUGCAACUUUGUAAGGGUAUUGCAUACUGUCACUCGCAUCGUAUUCUACAUCGUGAUUUAAAACCUCAAAACUUGUUAAUCAAUAAAGAUGGAAAUCUAAAAUUAGGUGAUUUCGGCCUCGCACGUGCUUUUGGUGUUCCAUUGAGAGCUUACACUCAUGAAAUCGUCACUCUGUGGUACAGAGCGCCAGAAGUAUUAUUAGGUGGGAAGCAGUACAGUACAGGUGUUGAUACAUGGUCUAUUGGGUGUAUAUUCGCCGAGAUGUGUAAUAGGAAACCGAUUUUCAGCGGUGAUAGCGAGAUCGAUCAAAUCUUCAAGAUAUUUAGGGUUUUGGGGACACCAAACGAAGCCAUAUGGCCAGACAUUGUCUACUUGCCCGAUUUUAAAUCGAGCUUUCCCCAGUGGCGCAGGAAAGAUUUAUCACAAGUGGUGCCAAGUCUAGAUCCACGUGGUAUCGAUUUGUUGGACAAGUUGCUUGCAUAUGAUCCUAUCAACCGGAUCAGCGCCAGAAGAGCAGCCAUCCAUCCCUACUUCCAAGAAUCAUAA